CCGCCCCACUCAACGAGUUGAUGUUUCUGGAGCAUACCUAUCAGCGCCAUCAGUACAUGUGUCGCUAGCCUAGAAAGUCGGUUUCAAAGAAGCAUUGCCUGUUUAUUGUGGAAUAGAAAAACCGUUGCGAACUGAUAAGUGUUAGUUUAUUUGUUUUCAGUUAUGAAGUUGCCAGAUGAGCAGCAUCCUUCCUUGGAGAUUAGAGAUAGGUCGGAUUUGCCAACCCCUUUCAGAAAUCCUUUCGUUCACGAGUUACGAUUCACCCCCUUGGAGAAAAUCAGGAUUGGUGUGAUGACUGUGACAGUGUUCCCAGUACGGUUGUUCUUUGCAGUGUUCCUCAUGUUGCUGGCCUGGCCCUUUGCCUUCGCUGCCUCUCUGGGACGAUCUGAACUGGCCGUGGAGACCGAGACCUGGUGGAGGAGGAUCUGUGACAUAGCCCUGCGGGUGCUCAUGCGUGCCAUGUGGUUCUGUGGAGGUUUCCAUUGGGUGACGGUGAAGGGGGAACCGGCCCCGCCCUCGCAGGCGCCCAUCCUCACCCUGGCCCCUCACUCUUCCUACUUCGACGCCAUCCCCAUUACCAUGACCAUGGCCUCUAUCGUCAUGAAGACCGAGAGCAAGAAUAUCCCCGUCUGGGGUACUUUGAUAAAGUUCAUAAGGCCAGUGUUCGUGUCGCGGUCGGACCAGGAUUCUCGUAGGAAGACAGUUGAGGAGAUCAAACGCAGAGCCCAUGCUGGAGGGGAGUGGCCUCAGAUAAUGAUAUUUCCAGAGGGGACAUGUACCAACAGAUCCUGCCUCAUCACAUUCAAGCCUGGGGCCUUCAUUCCAGCAGUUCCAGUUCAACCAGUAGUCCUGCGUUACCCCAACAAAAUGGAUACCAUCACAUGGACAUGGCAAGGCCCUGGAGCGUUUGAGAUACUGUGGCUGACACUGUGCCAGUUUCACAACCCCAUAGAGAUUGAGUACCUACCGCUCUACACUCCUUCAGAGGAAGAGAAGAACAACCCUGCUCUGUUCGCCAACAAUGUCAGACACAUCAUGGCCAAGGCCCUGGAGCUGCCCAUCACAGACCUGUCAUUUGAUGACUGCCAGCUGAGCCAAGCAAAGGGCCUGUUGCGUGUCCCUACCAACAGCAGCCUACUGCAGUUCAAUAGACUCGCUCGAAGGCUCGGGUUGAGAACAGGGACUACAGAUACAGUCUUACAGCAGCAGGCUAGCAGAGCCAGGAACAUUUGGGGAUACAGACUGGGAUUGGAGGACUUUGCUCAGUACCUCGACCUACCUGUGACUGACAUGCUCACAGAGUUACACAGCCUUUUUAACCAGCAUGGAGAUGACCAAAUAGAUGUCAGGGAGUAUGUGAUAGCCCUGUCUGUGGCGUGUCAACCCUCUAAAGCCAUGGACACCCUCAGGCUCGCCUUUGGAAUGUACGAGGCGAAGGAGGACAGGGCGAUCGUGGAAAAAGAGCUGGCGUCCAUUUUGAGAACGGCGUUGGGAGUAGCAGAGGUCGACGUUACAGAGUUGUUCUCAGCAAUCGACACACUUGACGCGGGGAAGAUCACACAUGAUGACUUCUGUCGGUUUGUGGUGCAGCACCCAGACUUUGCUCAGGAGUACCUUCUCUCCUCCAGGGAAACCCCCUCUACCCCCCACACCGUCCCGCUGACCAACGGGUUCAGUGUGGACCAUUACAACUCAGAGGAGCCGACCUGCAGCCUCUCUGGACAGAAGAAGAAAGAAGACUGAGAGACACUCAAAUGGAUCCAUCUACUGCCUAUGACAGAGAGAAAGGAGGGAGGAGGGAUAGGAGGAGGAUUGGACCUCUACCAAACAAAUCUAUAUUCUACAGUUACUAUAUCUUCUCUGUCGUUGUGGCCUGUAUGUUCUACCAGAGAGAAGGAGCGAGGGAUAGUUUAUUUCGGGAUAAGGAGGGGUGGAUAGAGAGGGAAGUAAGAAACUAUCAGACGGAUAGAGGAGAUUGAGACUGUGAAAGGGGGAGAUGGUGGUGGAGAAGGGUUGGGUAUGUUGAAGUAGAGUAGAGGAGGAUGAGGGAGAGAUGGAUAGAGAUAGUUGGUUAGUGAGAGGAUAUGAGGGAGGGUGGAGCCGAUCCGUUCCUCCGGACACCAUCUCACACCAAUACUCCAUCUUUGUUUUGUCUACUAGUGUUUUCAAGGACUUCAUGCUUUCUAACUUUCCAACAUGCUUUCUCACUUUUCAACAUGAGUUACAGAAACUGGAUACCUGAACACUUUGGCUAUUUAUUGUAAAAAGGGUUUUACUUUUUUCUUAUGUAUAGGUAUUUAUUUGUCUUUCAUUUUUAUCAAACUAUCUAUGUCUGUUAUUAUGACUACUGUGCACUCUCCAGUAAGAUUUUUAUUUUUAAGAUUAGUUUUAUCAGGUGAUUAAGCACCAAACUGAGCUCAGCUUAAUCACUGCCUUUCAUAACGAGAUUGACUGAGAUUAAUUGGAUCAAGCUGAAACGGGAUAACAUCCAGACUCAAACUAUUCUUCAACUAAGCAUCUCCCUGCCUUGUAGACCAUAGCAACUCACAAGACAUUAAACUGUUAAAAUGGAUGAAUAUGGGACCAAACUUCAACUUCUUUUUAAACCAGGGGCCUCUUGCGUGUUCAUAUUGAGCUCCUUAUUGCCUUUUAAACCAUAAACAUGUGUUAUUUUAAUGUUGUCUGAGCUUAAGUGAAGCAUCUAACAGCAUAAGUAUCUUUAUUUUCAUAAGCAUAAAGACUGGGGUCUUCAGAUGAACAUGUGUUGUUUUCUCUUUUCUUAUUGGAUGAACAGAGUACCAGAGUUGGGAUCCAUCUCAAAUGGCACCCUAUACUCUAUAUAGUGCACAUUUGUCUCUGGUCAAAAGCAGUGCACUAUAUAGGGAAUAGGGUGCAUUUCGGACAUAGCCUCAGUUAAAAUAUUCAGUUAAGAUGUUUCCCUCUUUUUUUUAGUUACCUCUCAUAUCACUCUGGAAGUAAGUUGCCCUUAGGCAAAGAUCUAAGAUCAUCUCACCUUGCUGAAAUUCUAACAUGAACCAUUUAAGCAUCGGCAAUCAUGAAACUGAUCUGGGAUCAGUUCUGACCUUUAUGAUAAGCAAUCAAUCUAUUGCCUUUUCGUACUGGUUUUGUUUUUGAAUUCUCUGUAGUUUGGCGACACCUUUUGUAUGUUGUACAUUUGUGGUAUAUAAAUCUUUGAAUGUUUUUGAGUAUUCAUUUAGUAAGAAAGUGGAUUGGAAAUUAUGAAUACCUAUGCAGUGCUCCAUGCCUGCAAUGUUGAGAAUUAAAUCAUGACAUUUCCACAA